AUGCUGGACCUGUCCCUGCGCUCUGUUCCCACAAAGCGAAAGCCUUCUGCUUGGCUACUGGAGAUAAACCCGCGCCCACCCGGCAUCCAGGCUGCAGACGCCAUCAAGCACUCAUAUGGAGUUGAUUAUUGGGGCCCUGCUCUGCUCUUUGCUCUCCAAGAUCGCAAGCGCGCCCGUCAUCUUUCACACCCCUUUACGCAAGGAUCACAGUAUUGGUGCGAGAUGGUGUUUAUCCCGGUUGUCAAGGGCGGUAUAUGCCUGUCUGACGACCCUUGUUUCGAGCUCUUCAGCAGGCGGCCUGGUCUUGCGGCUCAAGUUUCCUGGUGGUGCACUUUCUGGACCAAAGGAGAAAGAGUACCGGACCCCAGUGAGGACCGUAACGCGUUUUUCGCGCACCUAAAUAUCUUCUCCAGGACGUCUCGGGCACACACUCCAGAAAUCGGUGAGACCGUUCGGAAAGAAUUGCGAUAUUCCAUCGUAUAA